AACAUCACCUGCUGCUCAUCUUACCCCGCCGAAAUUUGGCUUCCUUCCUGUCAGACUUCCCGGACUCCUUGCCGCUUCGUCGUUACUGUUGCCAGGUGUGCACAUAUGCUCUCCAUAGACCUCUCUACCACUCACCAUGAUGCUCGUAGGAACGCACGAUACCAUGGCGUUCUACGGGUGGCCCAUCUCACAGUGCCAGUCUUUGUCGACGCCUCUCACUGUUCAGCUCCAGUCUGGUAUCCGAGUGAUCGACAUCCGACUGGCCGUGAUACAUAAACGUCUCAUCGCGUACCAUGGUAUCUAUCCUCAGCGAGAGCCCUUCCAAAGCAUCCUGUCCACCCUCUUUGACUUCCUCACCGCGCCUGCAACCUGCCGCGAAGCCAUUGUGAUGUCGAUCAAGCAGGAAGAUUUCGCAAGUACUCCGUCAACAUUGUUCUCCCAGCUCGUGCACGACGAAAUCAUGAACGGUCCCGGCGGCAAAGACAUGUGGUUCCUCGACAAUAAGGUGCCGACUUUGGGUGAGGCGCGCGGAAAGGUGGUGAUGCUCAGUCGGUUCGGCGGUGACGGCGCUGGGUGGGAAAAUGGGCUGGAGGGAAUGGGCAUCCAUCCUACGGCAUGGCCAGAUAGCUCGAAGAACGGCUUCACCUGGCAGUGCAAAAACACGAUCGUGCGAGAUCCAGGGUUCCCGACCCUCUCCAUUUCCUUCUUCUCCGCGGCGAGUGUGCCCCUCGCCUUCCCACCGACGAUCGCCAGGGGUUUCGGAUGGCCCAAGCUGGGCUUCGGUGUCGAAGGAGUCAAUGGUCGACUGGGUACAUGGCUUAUCGACAUGCUCAGCAGCGGGAGCGCGGGCCACCAGGGCAGCAUGCGGGCGUCGCAGGCGGGCAACAUAAGCAGCAAGGUGCGCAUUCGCGGUUGGGCGCUCCUGGACUUCUUCAAGGAUCCGGAGGACAACGCUAUCGUCCCGCUCCUCAUCGAGUGCAAUUACAGAGGCAGGAGGAGCGGAGAGGAGGGCUGGCCGUAGAAUCGGAAUUGGCAGACGUAGUGCUCGUGAAGUUAUCACUAUGGACUAUGCUAUUACUUAGAUGCAUCGCACACACUCUUUAUCGUAUUUAUCACCUCUUGGAGGAACUCGUAGGGACGGUCUAUAAUUGGCGCCCCUGCCAUUUGUGUAGAGUGUAAUACAUGGUGAAACGCUCCUUUUCAUACAGAUGAA